UACUUUGCAACACUAAACGACAGUCAAAUUGCCAUUUUCCUAUUUGUUUCGGUGUGUGCAGUGUGGUGAAUAAUUGAUGAAAUCAUCGUGUUGUUAUAUUUUGUCUUACAAGAAAAUACAAUUGGCAAGUUAAGCCGAGAAGACUGAUGUGUAUAUCAUUCCCUUAUUCUAUUUUAUAACAAAUUUAAUUCCCGUCGUUAGACCUGUUUAUCACCUUUGACGGAUGUCCUUGUACAUAUUGCAAGAAACGAAGUGGCGGUAAAUUUAAGUUUUACUUUUUUGUGACAAUCUAAUAUGUAAUUUUUUUAUUAAAAAUAAAAAUGGGUAGUUCAGAAGAACAUGUUAUCACAAGUGAAAGUAAAAGUGAGUGUGAAACUGCUGAAAAUGAUGCCGGCGAUAUUUCUGAAAAUGAUGUUACAGAUAGUACAGACCAAUCUCUAAAUGUUAGUACAUCAUCGAAUGUACCUAUGAAUGACCCUAAUCCCUCUAAAGAGGGUGAUAAUUCCGCUGCCGGAAGCUCAAAGAAAACUAAGAAGAAAUCCAGACACGGGAAAAAAGGACAUGUUCCUUCGAAAGACAACCAAGAGAGAUCUACCGUGCGAAGGAUUCAUCAUGCUGGCACAAAAUUUAAACAAAGUAAAAAACGAGCACAAAGUUUUCCUUCCAUUUCGAAAUUCUUUCUUCCUUAUAAAAGACCGCGCAAAGAAGCUUUUAUUCCGCCUACAAAAUUCCUUCUUGGUGGUAAUAUAUCAGAUCCAUUAAAUCUUAAUAGCUUGCAAGACGAAGAUGUAAACAGAGCAAUGAAUGCCGUAACACCUGAAUCUUCUCCACUCCCAACACCGCCAAGGCACAAGGCUAAGAUAGAUGUUAUAAUACCACCUAAUAUUAGAGAUCCUCUUAACCUAAUGGAACCUUUAGAUAAUGAAGAAUAUGAGAAAAGACUGGAAAUGCAACAGCGGAAGCCCCGCAAAAAACCAAGAAUAAGACGUCGUACGACUGAGACUACCUUACCAACCGUAGAAGUAGUGACUGAAAAAGAAGAAGGUAUUAAAGAACCACUACCCCCUGAACCGUCAACAUCUACUGCUGGAUCUAAGGCUCGUAAAAGAUCUUGUAGUGAAAGUGAAAACAGUUCUCUAAAAGGAAAAGAUGGCAAAAAGUUGCGAAGGAUGGAUUCUUUGGAUAAAAUUGUCAGUCCAGUGGUUCCUCAACCUGGUGCCUGGAUGAGGGCUCGGCCACAACAACGGGCAGGCACUCAGGAAAGACCUACUUCACCACAUAGAACUAAGCUGAAAAGUUUGUCUGAAGAAGAUCAGAAAAUGCCAACAUUUCAUCCAAAAAAUUCAAGAUAUCAAUAUGGAAAUUAUGAUAGGUAUUAUGGAUAUCGCAACUUGAAUGCAAUGAUGGACAUAAGACUUCAAGUAUUUGAAAUGCACCGGCACCUUUUUCAAAACAAGGAUGUGCUGGACAUUGGCUGUAAUGUUGGGCAUAUAUCAAUAGCUGUAGCCCGCACUCUUGGCGCUAAAUCAGUUGUUGGAAUUGAUAUUGAUAAUUUGCUAAUCGGAAGAGCAAGAAAAAACUUAAGGUCAUUUAUACCUGUUCCGUCAGAACAACCAAAGACAGAUGAUGACAAAAAGUAUGAAAAAGAAAGUGAUGAUAAGAAAUUAGAAUGUGAUAAAUGUAAAGAAGAAAAAUGUAACGAUUGUACGACUGUAGACCAGAAGCAGGAAAAAGAAGAUGAUUCUAAGAAAAAUUUGUCUGGAAGGAAAUUUAGGAAACCUAGGAAGAACAGGAAGUCAAUACAUAAACAGGAACAAGGGCAAUGCUUCUUCCCUGUUUCCAUGUCCAUUAUGUUUGGUCCACUUGGUGAACCAAAAACUGAAGAGUCAAUGCUGGGUUUUCCAUAUAAUGUUACCUUUAAACAAGGUAACUAUGUACCCCGUGAAGAAGUAGCAGUCGGUUCUGGGAUGGAGAGCCCGCAAUUUGAUCUGAUCCUUUGCUUGUCUACAACCAAAUGGCUGCAUCUUAACUGGGGUGAUGCAGGUCUUAAGCGUGCAUUUCGGCGGAUGUUUGCGGACUUACGCCCCGGAGGCAAACUUGUAUUGGAAGCUCAGAACUGGGCUAGCUAUAAGAAAAAGAAGCGUUUAACGCCGACGAUUUAUGAGAAUUUUAACUCAAUCGAGUUGUUUCCUAAUAAAUUUCGGGAAUAUCUCCUCUCUCCGGAAGUCGGAUUCAGUAAAUGCUGCAUCUUGGGAGUGCCGCAGCACGCCAGCAAAGGAUUCCGGAGGCCAAUACAGCUGUACAUCAAGGGUGACUUCACUCCGAGCAAGGCGCGCUGGUCCGACGCGUACGCGCCGUCGUCGCACCACCGGCCGGAGGCGGAGCCGCCGCGCCGCACCGUGUACGCGCCCGUGGCGCCCGCCUACCGGCCCAGCGACGACGCGCCCUCGUGCGGUGCCGUGACGCCCUACUCGCCGAACUUCGACUGCUGUGCGGACGACUCUCCGUUCUACAACCCGCGCAGCGACUCGUACGCGCCGUCGUACCAGCCGCCGCGUCCGACGGUGUACGCGACGCUGCCUUCACCGCUGGGUACGGCGUCGCCUGCCGCGUCGCCCGCCGCGUCCCCCGCGCCGCACGCCUCGCCCGCCCCCGACCCGCUGUCUGCACGCGGCUUUCCUGCGCCCGAGCGCAUGCACGACGAGUGACGACUGAACUACUUGUGGCUCAUCCGCCUUCCGUUUUUUUUUUUUUUUUUGUAAAUAAAUGUAGAUCCCCUAAGAUUAUGUUUCGAUAGGCUAAAAAUAUUUUAUAAUAUGAUAUUCUUAACGUAUUAA